CCUUCCUCAAUAACUUCCAUUAAAUGAACGUUUCCUGCCAUAAAAUCACAAAAAACAUUAAUAGUUGACAAUAACACCAACUAGCUUAUUCUGCUCAUCACCUAUCAAUGUAAGCCAAAUUGGUUUGAAGUGCUUACUGCUUGCUUUGGCUCCAGAAGGAGUAGUAGCAGACAACGCAGCAGCAGAAGCAGCAACAUCCGAGGCCAGCCGAGUCAUCUGAGCUUUCCUAUCAUCAUGAGACCACCCGGUCGGGUUCUCAACCUUGAUCCUAAACGCAAUCAAAGCAUCCAUUUGCUUCGUCAAGGAAUCGGCUUCCUUCAACACCUCUUCCACUUUGCACUUGUAGAACUUGUUCACCUUAUUGAACUCAUCAUCCAGCCGCCGAAAGUACACCAGCUCGUACUCUCCUCCUUCGUCGGAGGCCAUCAAGAACGUCGUCUGGUAACUCUGAGGCCCUCCUCCUUCUCCCCCUCCCACCUGAUUAUUCACAGCAUUCACCAGAAUGGUCUGGCUCUCGAUGUCUUCGUCGUCGUCCUCGUCUUGGUGGGGAGAUUUCGUCAUACGGUUGUAGUUGGUGUUGUUCUUUUGUGUUAAGCCGCUGAAGGCUCUGUAAAGAGUUAACUUCCUUUUCAAGCCACCUUGGGGUGCUGCUGUAGCUGUAGUAGUAGGUGAUGACCUGGUUCUUUGCCUGAACCUCAAUAUUUCUUUCAAAAGGGUUUUCAGGAAAUUGUAGUCCAUGUAUGCUCCUUCCCAUUCCGGCACCAUCUGUGCCGUGAAUUCCUUCCCGAACUUCAUUCUCUUUCUCCUUGUGAUUCUGCUGCACUAACUGAAGACACUUUUGCUUGAAGGAAGUGUUUUGGAGAGAUUUGGG